AUGGCGGCGCUGGUGCUGGUCCUGUUGGCGACGCUGGGUGGGCUGGCCGUGAUGCCGGGCGGGCGGUGCGCAGCGCCUCUGGCCGAGCUGCGCUCUCAGAUCUCGGGCGUGGAGUCGCUGCUGGAGGAGUUUCGCCGGCAGCUGCAGCAGGAGGAGCCGGGACCGCCGGCGGUGGUGGCAACGGACGGCAGCUGGGAGCGCUGCGGCGGGAGCAGCAGCUUCUCCGCCAGGCCCGACUCUAUCAUCCGCACCAAGGACUCCAUCGCGGCCGGCGCCACCUUCCUACGGGCCCCCGGCGCUGUGGCGGGCUGGCGGCAGUGCCUGGACGCCUGCUGCGCCGAGCCGAGCUGCACGCUGGCCGUGGUGCAGGGGCCUGGCCGGCAGCGGGGAGCGGCUGAGCUGGGUUGCUACCUCUUCAACUGUACGCAUCGCGGCCGGCCCGUCUGCCGCUUCGCCCCGCACCGCGGAUACAGCACCUACAGCCGCCGGCCCGCCGGUCUCGCCCCGCUGCCCGCCGCGCCGCCGGAAGAAGAAAAUGACAAGCCUCCACAGUGCAAGGCAGGACAAGAUAUUGUGCUGCAGUCCCCUGUCGACUGGGCGCUUUUGGAUGGCCGAGAAAGUUCAGAUGACCAUGGAAUUGUCCAGUACGAGUGGACACUGCUGCAAGGUGACUCAUCGGUUGAAAUGAAGGUACCACAGCCAGGAACACUGAAACUGUCUCACAUUCAGGAAGGCAGGUAUAUUUUCCAGCUCACUGUGACAGACACUGCAGGUCAGCGAAGCUCUGACAACGUCUCUGUGACCGUUCUGCCCAUGGUUCAUUCUGCAGUAGCCUGUGUUGGGGUUUGCUCUCGCUACCAGUUCAUCUGUGAUGAUGGCUGCUGCAUUGACAUCACGUUUGCUUGCGAUGGCGUGAGACAGUGUCCUGAUGGAUCAGAUGAAACUUUCUGCCAGAACUUCAGCCCAGGUCGGAAGACAGUGACACAUGCAGCUCCUGGCAGUACCCAGCAAAGGACUGUAGGACUGACUGAAAACAUAGAUGAAAACUUCUCUGCAGAAAACACCCUGAAAGCCACUGCCAGAAAUCAGCCACUUCUCUCAGUGGAUGAAGACAUGACUAACCAAUCGUUUGCUCAGGGACCAAAGAAACAAAUCACUGGUUUUGUGCCAGAUAACAGUUCCUCAGGGAAAAGAACUGAUGAUAAAAAUGGGAAUGGCAUAAUUGUGCCAAAGAGAAAUCAGCUUGGAGGUGGUCAUCCAGUCCCAGAAACAGGUGCUGUGUUACCCUUAGCCUUAGGCUUGGCCAUCACUGCUUUACUGCUGCUUAUGGUUGCCUGCAGACUGCGUUUAGUGAGACAGAAGCUUAAAAAAGCUCGACCCAUUACAUCUGAAGAGUCUGAUUACCUCAUCAAUGGGAUGUAUCUCUAA